AUGGACCCUUCAAAACGCCAAAAAUAUGUGCUGGUCACGGGUGGCGCUGGAUAUAUUGGAAGCCAUACUGUGGUGGAACUUUUGUCAGCUGGCUAUGCAAUUGUUGUAAUGGAUAAUAUGUAUCUGAACGACAUAAAUAUAGAGGCUUUACGGCGGGUGGAGCGAUUAUCAGGACGACCUGUACAAUUCUUUAAAGGCGAUGUCACCUGUGUAUCUGAUCUGCAGCGAGUGUUCUCAUUGUACAACUUUUGGGCUGUUAUCCACUUUGCUGCCAUCAAGGCAGUCGGACAGUCGACACGCAUACCCUUGGAUUACUACUACAACAACGUGACCGGCUCGCUGCUGUUACUGAGAGUGAUGAAGGAAUUUAAUGUCAAGAACAUAGUGUUUUCAUCAAGCGCAACUGUAUACGGCGAGCCGGACAAGUGUCCUGUCGAUGAGACGGCACGCGUGGGCCCAGUGACGAACCCGUACGGACGGACCAAACUAUUUGUGGAAGAGAUGUUGCGCGAUUUGUGUGCCUCUGACCCCGACUGGAACGCGUGUUUGUUACGAUAUUUUAAUCCUGUGGGAGCUCAUCCGUCGGGCCUGAUAGGUGAGCAUCCGCAGGGCAUUCCGAACAACCUGAUGCCGUAUGUCAUUCGUGUGCUGCAAGGCCGCUCUCCAUAUGUGCAUAUAUAUGGCAGUGACUACGAUACGGUGGAUGGCACGGGCGUGCGAGACUACAUCCACGUGUGUGAUUUGGCAACCGGCCACGUUGCUGCAUUGAAAAAGCUGGAUACCAAGCCUGGAUGCGUCGCUUACAACUUGGGGACAGGCGUUGGCUUAUCCGUCAUGGAAAUUGUCAAGACCAUGGAAAAGGCCACACAGAAAAAGAUACCCUACAAGAUCGAAGACCGGCGGCCUGGCGACAUUGCAACUUGUACUGCAGACGCAUCCUUAGCAAACCGUGAGCUGGGCUGGUAUCCAACGCGUGGCGUUGAAGAAAUGUGCGAGGAUAUGUGGCGCUGGACACGCAAGAAUCCUAUGGGCUAUGACGGCGAGAUCCUUGUGUCGGAUGAAGAUGAUGAUAGUAGCUAG